GCAAUGCCAGCGCAAUUCUCUUACGCGAUUUACUUAAAGAGGCUGAGCGUUUUAUCUUUUUCUUAACGAAAUUAGUGAGUAAAUAGCAGUUCUAACAUUAAUGGGCAAAUAGAUAAAUAGAUCCGAUGUUUAUAAUAGUGGACCGAUGGAUAGAAAAAAUGUUUCUAUUUGAGAUUUGUGUUUAUAUCCAUUACAGACUUCCGUUAGAAAGACUGCAUAACACAUGAUUCUUCAUGGUGCGUAGAAUUAAAAAAGAUGGCGUGGCCACGGCACUAUUUUCCGCCAUUCCUCUGCUACAUCCCAUCAUCGCACCAUACGAGUUUACUCGUAGAUCGCACCGCUGGUGGAACAGAGAAGUGAGGUUUUCCGUUUAGGGGAUUUCUCUAAGCGGGCACCCCUGUAAACCCCUUUGAACGCGUGUUUCACUCCAGAAACUGAGGGUACAUUCAGACGAUGGUAUAGAUCAUGCUGAAACUCCAGUAGAACACCGAGUAUUGAUAAAAGUAUUGGCAGAAUUCGUGACGUUUUGGAAAAAUCUCUAGAAGGAGAGCAGAAGAGACUCCCUUGGGUUUUGGUGUUUUUGUUCUACUAUAAUCAGAACGAGUUAAAUUUGAAUUUAGAGAGAUCAAAAGUAACUAAAUAAAAAAUAUAUUUUUUUCGUUGUCUCACUUCCAGCACAGUACGUACUUAAACUUGACACUUUGCGUAUGAAACAAUUUAAAGUACAGUGAUUGUGCAAAAUUAUACUUCAUAAUUUAAAAUAGCCUUGCACAAAUAAUGUUUCAGAUUGCUGCCAACUGAACUCGACGGAAAAUUAAAUUAUAUAAAACGUUAGCCAAUCGCCGCGCGUAGUUACUUCUAUUUAUAAAUGAAGUGUGCUAAUCUAUGUUUAGUGGAGCAAAAUGCUUGACGAGACUGCAAAUUGGACAAGACCACAAUCAGUCGCAUUUCCCAAGGUAUGGCGGCGUUUUAAAGGUCUCAGAGAAAUUAAUGGUACGGUGCCCUCAUUUUGGAUACAGGAUAUACCGGAGAACGAACGUGAAAAUGUCGUUAAUUUUAUGACUGAUGGAUUUUGCAAAGAAGAAACGCUUUGCAAGAGUUUAGGACUGCUUAAUGAUCCCGAAUCUGUUGAAACUUUACGAAAAGCGUGGAGGUUGGUACUUCUCGAUAAUGUAGGGCUCGCUUGCUACAUGGAAAAUUUGGAUCCUAAUGGAAAACCGAUUCUUGCUGCAGCUAAUUGUACGCAUAUCAAAAAAUGCGAUGAAGAAGAAGUGAAUAUUACAAUUACAGGUAGUAAAGUACAACAAAUUUUUGCAACCUUGAAUGUGUUAAUGGACGAAAAAAAUGCUUUCGAAUUUUUGGAAACGGAUUUCUUACUGUCUGCAUUGGGAUUAUAUGUUUUACCACAAUUUAGGGGACAAGUUUCGGAUGGUGUUAGUGUAGUCGUAUUUGUCGGGGAGGAUAUUUGCAGAGCAUUAGCGAUUAAAGCAUCCAUAACUGUGUUUACGUCCAGUGUUUCUCAGUACCUGGCCGAAAAAGCAGGAUUUAAACUUCUGUCAGAAAUUUCAUUUGAGGAUCUACGAAAUAUCCACAAGUACGAGUAUCCGGGUAUAGAAGAAAAGCAAAAAGGUUUAAAAUACAUGUACAACAUCUAUUUGUAAUAGGUAAAUUAUAUGACCUAAUAAUAAACAGUUUGACUAUUUA